UAACAAGUCAAAUGAAAAAUUUAAUAAUAAUUGUGACAUGCAUAAUAAUUGUUUGAAUAAAAAGAAAGUUGAAAUAUUAAAUAAACAGGUUAUUGAGUUGAAUAAAAGAAUAAACAAUCUUGAAAAAGAUAAAAGAUUAAAUAAUGCUCACGUUGAUAAGCUUGAACGAGACAAUCAAAUACUUUGUCAAGAAUUAAAAAGACAACAGAGAUCUAAUCGUCAUAUAAAACGUCAGCUAGAUGAUGAGUAUGCAUUUUUUCAAAAAGCCAAAGAACAAUAUGCAAAUAUAAUUGAAAAUAGUGGAUUAAAAACAUCUGGUAAAAUAUCAAGGUUAAAUUUUCAUCGUAGCCAUGAACUUGAAAAGGAUAAUGUUGAUCUUCAUGAUGAAAUAAAAAAAUUACGUUGUGAAUUGAAUAAUAAAAAUGCGACAAUUAAUAUAUUGGCGAAGAAAUAUUCGAGGAGUAAAGUUAAGAAUAAUGUGUUGACUGAUAAAAUUGAUAAACUUUGGAAUGAUCAUUUACAUGUGAUGGCUGAGAUGAUGGAAAAAUUGGAUGAAGCAAGAGAAGAACUUAAUACAAUUGUUUCUGAUAAGUUUCAAGAUCCUUCGUCAUUCAACAAAUCGAAAUAUCUUCAGAUUGUCCAGAGAAACAGUAAAUUAAUGUAUGAAAAUGCAUCUUUAAAAAUUCAAGUUCAACAGUUGAUACAAAAUAUUGAAAAAUUAAAAUCAAAUGAUGAACAAUUGGAGCCAAUAAAUAAUGAUAAAACAAUUGAAAAUUUAAAUCAUCAAGCUAAAAAUGAUCAUGAGUCAUCAGGAAAAUUCAACUCAACAACAUCAUGCCCAGGCCAUUGUCAUGAAACUUCAAUUAUAAAAAAAUUAAGUUUACCAUUUAAAAAACUAUCGAAACCAUUUGGAGCUGUUAAAAUAAAUUCACCAACAAGUCAGAGUGCACCGAGUAUUGUACAGGAAUCAUUGACUAAUCAUACAUUUCAAUCAGACUUGUUGAAGUCUUCUUCACCAUCAGAAAGUCCAACAGGCACAUCAGAAUAUAGUUUUAAAUCAUCAACAACAAAUUAAAUACCCCAUUUUUUCAAGUAUCAAUUAUCAAACACACUUAACACAAAAAAUAUUAAAAAUUAUUUAUAAAUAAUUAUGCAAGAUUAAUUACACAGCAGCAAUCCUGUCGAUGUAGCUAGAAAAAAUUUGUGAGAAUAAGAACCAUUUGAAAAUUACUAUUUUUUUUUCAAAUUAUUUUAUUGUUAAAUUUGGUUUACAAAUAAUAACUGUUGCUUUAUUGUUCAAGAAAUAAUCAUCAGAUGAUGCUUUUUCUGUGGAGAAGAUUAUACCAGCUGAGAGGUAUUUGUUGGGCAUUGUAGUGCUAUGCAAGUGCUCUGUUACAAAUGAAUUUUUUUGAUGUGCAAAUUUUUUCUAUUAAGCGUGACAUGUCAACUGCAGUUUUAUGACAUUACUGACGAACGUUACUUUGGGAAAAUGAUCAUACGGUGUCGCAUGUUUUGAGACGAAGAUGGCUAAUCCCUUUUCUAGAAAAAAACAGUGUUUAACAGUGAGCUUUUGAGCUGAGAUUGCGGUGUUUAAUAAAAGGAAAUGAAUUAUUUAAUGCCCUGCGAGAAAAAGAGAAAACGUCGAGAUGCAGUUUCGAAAUGUGCAUUGGAGGCCGUUCACCUCAAAAAGAAAAUAGAGGCAUAUGAAAAUGAAAAUAAUUCUUAGAAAUUUUUUUUUUAGUAAAAUUAUUAAUUGUAAAAGAAUUUGAAAAUUUUUAAUUUUUACAAAGUUAUCUUCGUUUGAUUAAUGCAAACAGUUGAAAGGUGGAUCAAUCAGAUCAGCGAAAAAAUCAGAGGGUUCUAACGGGUUGUGGGAUAAUUUUUUUGCUUGAAUUUGUCAAAAAGCAGGUAGUGAAACAUGUGAAAAUCCAGAUGUAGAAUUAGAAUUGAUUUUAGUUCUCAGCUGGAAAUAUUUUAUCGGUUUGUUUUCUUUGUAGCAUCUUUUGCACAUGGAUCUUCCAGGAUGAUCUUAUUGUUCAUUUUUUAAUUCUCAACAAAUAAUAAAUCAUUGAAAACUUUCAACACAGAUUUUACAGGAUUCACAAUGAAAUAUAUGAUAAAUUUUCUUUUAGUUCUACAAAAUACUUGAUGAUAUUUAAGACUAUUUUCUAUAUAAAAAUGUAAUUACUUUUCAUAAAUUUUAUUUGAAUUUUUUUCAAAUUUCUGUCGGUAAAAAAGACAGUGACAAAUAAUUUUUGUUUUUUUUAUUUGAUCUAUAAUUACUUGGAUAUCAAAUAACAUAUAAAUAAUGUAAUAAUUUACAAAUUAAAUUAUCAAAGUGAUUAUAAAGUUUAAAAAAAAAUAUAUUCAUUCAUUUUAUUAUCAAUGAGUGAUAAUUUAUCACAAGUGUGUUGUUAAAUGAAAUUUCUUUUUUAUUAAAACACAUUCUUCGUGAUCAAAUCGUCCACCAGAUUGAUUCUCCACUUGAAAUUUAAAACCCAACAACAAAUUAUAUUGAAAGAUAUAAAUUAAAUAAUAAAAGCCUAUUUAAUUUUACAAAAAAUAUUUAAAUAAAUAAUGAUAAUAAAUAAACAAUAAAUCAGAUAUACAGUAGUAAAAAAUAAAAAAUAAAAUGUUGAGUAAUUUAAAUCAAUUAUAGUCGUCAAGAUGAUAAAUCGUAUGUCGAGAUAUUUGUCGAAUGUUGAAAUUGUAAAACUUCAUUAAAACUUAACAACUUUUGUAAGUAUAUCUUUCGAGCAAAAGACCAAACAAGUGACUUAGUCAGCGAUUACGUCUUUUUUAUUUUUCUUGGUUUAUUAAAGUACCUGAAGAAUAAGAAGAUGCAGAAAAUGAAAAACGAAAAAGAUAUAUAAUAAAAAUAAAAAUAAGAGUAUAUAAAAAAAUAAAAAAGAUGAACAGCAAA